AACAGAAAAAUAUCUUAUCAGGGUGAGGGUGGCACCCAAACUCUUAUCUCCUUUUGCCCGUACCUUUCUUGCAUCUUCCUCCUCGGGUCCUGGCCUCUACCAAUCCAACCCAGCACGGCCUCUGCAUCGCCUGCCGCCGUCGCCGUCCCCCCUCCCCACGCCCCACCCGUCAUCACCCCUCAAGGCCCCAACCCAAAUACCCAAGGCCUCUCACGCGCGUCGCCGCCAUCGCCGUUCCCGAUCUUGGCAUCGCGAGAUCGCGUUCCUGCUGUCUUCGGUCAUUGGGGUUUGAGUAGUAACUGGCAGUUUUAGCUAGACCAUAAUCAUGAGUCUUGCUUGUCUCGUAUGCCAUGGUAUGAACAGCCCCUCACACUCUCUUAGAAGCUACUCGGUGUCGAGUUCAGAGGAGGAGAACCGAUGCGGAGCUGUUGUUUCCUGCUUAACUCGGAGAGCAACGCCGGCUGGAUCUGCUAGUGUUGGGACAUCAAAAGUGACCCCCUUUCCAUCCAUGGCGGCUGGCCAAGGCACCGAGGGCACUCCUCGCCUUCAACGAAGCCGUGCUGUGUCCAGGGACCUUGUCAGAGACUGGAACUUUGAUGAAGCCAUCGUCGCAAACUAGAUUACGCAUCAGCUGUUCGCAGAUCGAUUCUGCACUUAUUCAGGAGGAGACUCCCAUCAAUUUGGUGUACAUUUUUUGCUAGUAUGCACCUCGAAGUCUUAUGUCUAUCAGUACUUAUUCAGUUUUACUCUAUCAGUCUAUGCUCAAGAGUGAUGGCACUUCUCAUGAGCAGUGUGGCUUGGUAAUAUAUAUGAAGGCCAACCUGUGUAGUUAGAAUAAAUUUUGGGUUAUUUUUCCUAUUUUGUACUUCCUGUAUAUUACUAUGAAAUAUCUAAUUUCGUAUAAUUACUGGGAAAA